GCUUCACAGAAGGAACCACAGCUCUUGUCAGACGCCUGAUCUAACAAGGAGAUACCUGUACGGUCCUGUGAGCAUAGUGCAAGAAGACUAAAAUGGCAAAUGUCACGAUAGCCUCCCAACCAGUCCUACGCCAAACACAGACCCUCUAACGUGACAUUAUAUGACCCUGCUGAACUCCACACCACGACCAGAUUGUUGGUUUUCAUGACAUAAAGAGAGUUAAUCAUAUUGCAUCAAAAGACUCAAUGGAGGAGCUGAAGAACCCGGUUUCAGGACUUUUUAAAAGUAAUGACAUUGCAACUAUAACAGAGAAGCUAGAAAACCUUGCCCAGAACACACCUCUACGGUUUAGUGCAGAAGCAAUGAGACCCCCAACCAAAAGCAGCUCUCGAUUUGGUAACCUAAGCAAUCAUUCAUUCUUCUCGAGACACAAUCCCCAUCCUCACCGAGUGACACACAUUCAAGGACUUAAUGGAAUCCCAAUUUGUAUGGUGAAUGAUGAUUGGUCAGUGACUUCUCCACUCUAUCCUCAUCCAAUGAUUAGAAGUCAAUUGUCCACCAACUUGCUAGGUAUACCCUGCAGCAUGCCAAUAGGAGAUCCGCAUGGAAACAAGGUCCCAUUCCUUACAGCUGCAAGUUCCAUAUCUGAAGCCUGGAGGGAAGAGUUGAGAGAGCUUGCAGCCAAAGUAUCUACUUCUGACAAGCAGGCAGACAAGAAGGAGGCAGAAGAACCCAGAAGAACCACACAAUACUCAGCAGAAACAGGGCGCAUUAUUCCAUCUUCAUCAAGGGCAAUGACUCGCCAAGCAUCCCGCAAAGCGCAUCGUAACAGUAAUGGCAAAGGAAAAAGUACUGCUGCAGUCUUCCAAGAUCAGGAACUACUGAUCUUGGAACUUCUGUGUCAGAUUCUACAAACUGAUUCUCUUUCCACGAUUCAACAGUGGCUGCUAUCAGCUGGACAAAGAGAGAAGGACCUUGUGAUGGCCAUGAUCCAGACGGCAACUGCCAACAUGCAGUUCAACUCACAUACAGUUGGGAGAUCCAUGGAUGAUAGGCUUCACUCUCAAGCUGCACUUGGACUGCUUUCAAGAGAUGAGUACCUCCAGAGGAAAAAUCUGAACAGUUGCAACAAACAUAGACAAGAGCCUAUCGCUGAGGAAGAUAAACCAGAACAUAUUGGCUCAGCUCAAGUUCUUCAGAUUCAUUCAUCAGAAGAUGAAAAUGAGAACAAGCCUGGUUCAGCCAAAUAAUACAAUUCUGGAUAACAUGUGGUCUCCUUGAAAUAUCUACUGUUAUAAAAUGUACGACAAGUGCUUAUACUAGAUUUUAUGUCUCGUGCAAAAGCAUACACAUAUGGUAAUCUGAUAUUGUUUGUUAUCAGACAACAGAAAUACUCUGAAAUAAAAUGACAUAUUAUA